AAGAACCAGGAUCGUCGAGGAAGAUUGACGACGGCUACGCAACGAUGGCUGGCAGGGGAGACCGCGCAGCAGACAGGGGCGCAUCAAGCAGCCAGUCGCGGCGGCGGACAAGCCAGAGUAAGGGAGCAACGGGACAGAGGAACGGGAGGGUGGCGCGAAAAGAGCCAGAAGUGCGCGACGAGGAGGAGGAGGAGGAGGAGGAUGGCGACGAAUCGAUGAGCGAGGACAGCAGCGAGGAAGACAGCGAGGAAGAAGAGGACGACAUUCUCCUACGGACGUCGCUAGACCUCUCCUCCAAGCCACUGCCACCUCUUGAACAACUCAGCAGCACGUUGGCCAAGUUCAAGAACCUCUCGAGCCUCAACAUCUCGGCAAUGCAGCCUUCCAAGGCCGCGGGCAACCCUCGGGGCCUCGUCCACCUGCGUUGGCUCGGGCGCGCCGUCAAGGUGGCUGGAGAGGGUGGAUUUGGCAGCCGGCUUACUCAGCUCAACAUGUCUGAGAAUGGAUCGUUUGGGCGCGAGGAAGCCAAAGACGAGGCAGGCAAGUGGGACGGCCUGCAGCGUCUCACAAAGCUCAUGGUGCUGAAUGCGUCGGCAUGCGAGCUCCGCCACUUUCCACCAGCACCGAUCCUGCUCCCGCUCACGUCGCUCACUGCGCUCGUACUGUCCAACAAUGCGCUGACCUCGCUGCCGACGCUGCCGCACCUGCCGCACCUCAACACACUGAUCCUCUCCAAGAACCGGCUGCGUGCGCUGCCCGCCUCGCUAGCCUCGAGUGCGCCGGCGCUCAAGAAGCUCGCUGCGUCACACAAUGCGCUCGACGAUGCGCCGACUGCGCUACCGGACCUCUCUGCAUGCGCGCAUCUGCGCCAGGUCCGGCUGCACUGCAACCCGUCCCUCCGCCGGCUCCCGCGGCACCUGUCGACGUGGGGGCGCGGCGUGGGGCAGGGCGCGCGGGGCACGGGCAUCGAGCUGCUGGACCUGAGCGAGUGCGGCCUCGACGGCUGGGCCAGUGUCGAGGACGCCCUCCUCAAUGCACCGACGGCGGGUACCGCUGGAGAGGAGCAAGGAGGAAGGCGGGAGCGGGGCCUGACGAAUCUCAGCCUCAAGGGCAACGGGCUGGCAGAGCUGGAAGACUACAGGCAGAGGCUGCUGGGACACUUUAGGACGCUCAAGAUCCUGGACAACGAGAGUGUCGUGGAAAGGAGGAAGAAGAAGAGAAGGAAUGGUACAAGUGCGGCCGAGGAGGGCAGGUCGGAUAGGGAUAGGGUUGAGGAUAAGAGGAAUGACAGAGCCAGGGAUGAAGAGCUCGAGGCCAAGAAAAAGAGGGCGUGGGACGCAAUUGACGAGGGACUGGGUGCCUCUUCGUCGUCGGCGCAGAGUGCGUCCACCAAGACAGUUGAGGGCCAGGGCGACGACGAGGGCAACAGAGGAACAAGAAAGAGGCAGGUGGAUGCGAGCGCCGUGGCAGGCAUUGUGCACGUCAAGAAGAAGCGCAAGCAACACGAGGCGGGGUCCGACAAGGCUGAAGCCAGAAACUCGCCUGCAAAGACAGCCGAUCCCUUUGCCCAGGUCGGCCUGGGUCUCGGUGGCGCAUGGGACUAGACAGGAGGCGCAUGUAUGCAAUUGUUACAAUUGAUGUUUUGAAGAGUGGCCAUGGUGCCAUUACUGCUACAGUUUCCACACUU